CCUCACAGUCACGGGACCGCACAACGCUAAUGACAGACACUGGAGGCUAUAGAAUCUGCUGACUGCUACGGAAGUGCUCGCAUACUAAAAGCCGAGGGCGGGGUCCGUUUACUGUUUACGACAGUGGCGAAGAUACUGUUACAUGCACGAGCUGCGAAAAGUGGUUUGAGAUGGCGCGUCUGGUAGCAGUUUGCAGGGACGGAGACGAGGAGUUUCCUUUCGGUAGAAGGCAGAUCCCUCUGUACAUCGAUGACACGUUGACAAUGGUGAUGGAGUUUUCGGACAGCAUGUUGACUCUUGGCAAACAACAAAUAGACAACCUGCAACUUAAAAAUUUUUCACAGCGCCACAGUAUGCUCAAAGAACAAGAUAUGAAUCUUGCCAUGAUGGUGACAUCACGAGAAGUUUUCAAUACCCUUUCUCAGUUGGUCCCAUGUGUUGGUUGUCGGAGAAGUGUAGAGCGUCUAUUCACACAGCUUGUUGAAUCUGGAAAUCCUGCAUUGGAUCCAUUGUCAGUUGGUGCGAAGGGCAUUCUUACUCUUUCACACAGUUGCAUGGCUGAUGCAGCGAAGCUGUACACCUUGUUUUAUGUUUGUGGGACUAAGCUCAGUGGUAUAAUUGAAGCGAUUCCAAAAAGCAAAAAGAAUAAAAGGUGUCAACUACAUUCUCUAGACACACACAAACCAAAACCUUUGGGGGGAAACUGGAUGGAUAUUUGGGAAGUAAUGUCACAGGAAUGCCGUGAUGAAGUUGUUUUAAUUGACUCCAUUUGUCUGUUGGAAACAUUGGAAAAUUACCUUCGUAAGCAUAGGUUUUGUACAGACUGCAAAAACAAAGUACUUAGAGCAUACAACAUUUUGAUUGGUGAUCUGGACUGUAGUAAAGAAAAAGGCUAUUGUGCAGCACUGUAUGAAGGUCUUCGCUGUUGUCCACAUGAACGACAUAUUCAUGUUUCUUGUGAGACAGAUAUCAUUGCUCAUCUUCUGGGUAGAGCAGAGCCAGAAUUCGCCGGAGGGUAUGAACGUAGGGAAAGACAUGCGAAAACUAUUGAUAUAGCCCAGGAGGAAGUGUUAACGUGUCUUGGAAUCCAUCUUUAUGAGAGGCUCCACCGAAUAUGGCAAAAACUACGAGCUGAAGAGCAAACCUGGCAGAUGCUUUUCUACCUUGGAGUUGAUGCAUUACGUAAAAGUUUUGAGAUGACUGUGGAGAAAGUGCAAGGAAUCAGCCGCCUGGAACAGCUGUGUGAGGAAUUUUUGGAAGAGGAGAGGGUACAGGAGCUCAAGCAAGAAAAGAAGCGUCAGAAAAAGAAGAACAGGAGAAAAAAUAAAUGUGUUUGCACUAUACCCGUAUCAGCUGACAUUAAGGAGUUGUCAGUUGAAAGUGAAAAGGAUGACCCUUCGGGAUAUGUUGGAAUGGGUUAUAAUUCCUGCAGUGGCUUAGAGGAUAACAAUGGUUUUGUGAAAGUUGCAAAUGAAAAUUCUUGUUCCUCGUGCACAUGUCCAAGUUGCAAUGGCCUGUUGGUAUCUUCAAGAAUGAAAAAAGGCUUAACAGCACAUUCUAAUGGCAGCGAUUGUGGCUAUUCAUCUAGUAUGGAGGGUAGUGAGUCUGGCUCUCGAGAAGGAUCUGAUGUGGCUUGUACCGAAGGCAUUUGCAACCAUGAUGAAGCGGUGGAGGAUCAGUGUGUCAUCUGUGAUAAGGAGCUAGAAGAUGGUGACAGUUGUGUGGAAUGUUGGGCCCAUUCAACAGAAGACAGCCUGAAAGAUAAAAACAGAAAGAAGAAAUGCAAACUAUUUAAGUGUGGGAAUAAGAGCAUUUUAAAACAAGGAAUCUAUCUUCGAGAAGCAACAAGCAAUGUGCAAAUUGAUCAGUCCAAAAAUGACAAGGAUGACAGAUGCUAUUCUUCUUUGGAAUGUACCAGGCAGCCAUGUACAGAACACAGAAGAGGGGUGUCAAAAUCUGCACACACUUUGCACAGUUCUGAAGUAGCAAUACAUCCAAAGAGCCUAAAAGAACUCCUGGAUGAAUAUGAAUGCCCAUCAGAAGAAGAAGAUGGGCUUUCUCAAGAUGAAAUACAGGCCUUUAUGGCAAGCAACCAGUCAUUUUACAUCAAGCGUCAGCAAUUCAGGCAGUAUCUGAAGGAAAAAUUUAACAAAUACUGUCUUCUACAUGAUCACAGGAAUGCUCUAUGUAGUAGCUGGUUGGCGACAACCGGAGCAUUUUAAACUAAAUAAACUACUUCUGUUUUUUGUUAAAUCUCUCUUAAAAUGACGCCCUGGCUCUUUGUGUUUUUUUUGUUUUUUAUACAUAAUCUGCCAUAAAAAUGUUACCAGAUUUUUUUACCCCAUAUUUUUUUUUUAGGUCAUGGGUCAAAAGUAUAUCUGGACUUUUAGAUUUGUAAUUUCUUAAAUGCUCACUAACUUUUCUUUAAAACUUUGCAUAAAUCAAUAGCACAAGUGACUACAAGAAACUUUGUAAUACAUCUCAUCAGAGAAAAAUGCCUUGUUUGCCUGUUCAGCUGUCCCCUCCAACCCCUCAAAAUAACACUCUGGAAUUUCUGCUGAAUUCUUCAGAAAUAGACCAGCUCAUAGAAGUAUCGGAUUAAACAUGUGAAACUUGGCCAAAGUGACUGCAGCAGCUAAAUAUCUCAGCCCAAGUGCUUUAUUCGCAAUACAGUUCAGUGUUUCUCUAUAUCCUCUCUUAUCCAGUGGCUUUUUCUUUGUGAGCAAGAGUUAUUAAAGGGAACCAGGCACCAUGUUAUACACUGCUGAGUAGAUAUAUAGUUUUAAGAGAAAAGGUUCAGCAAUUUAUUCAUUAAAAUUCCUGCUCAUUCUGCGCUUUAAAGUCACUGAGACCAUCUUAUCAAUGACUGGCUAUCUUAGUAUAAACCGUUGUAAAGGAAAGGCUGUCAAUCACGUUAGGGCCGCCUCUUUGACUUCAAAGCCCAGAAUAAGGAGGAAUUUUAAUUAAUCAAAUAUACAAAAUCUUUUCCCACAACACUACACAUCUAUGUGCUGUUCUCCUCCCGUUCUAUAACAUUCUGCUUGCAGCUCAAACACCAUGUUUAAAGAGGACCUUUCAUGUUUGUUUGUUUUUUAGUUUAUUUAAAUACCUUUCCUUGCAGGAUACCCGCUGAUGCUGCCACCCUGCCUGUUUUAUUAUUAUUUUUUCUUCCAACUAUCCCUCGUGCGCCCCCUGCAAUUUUCUCGCUCAGUAUGUUUAAUCCUGAGCAUCAGUGCAGGGAGGAGGAGACGCCAGGGUUUCUCAAUGGGCAUCUCAUUCUCCCUGGCUGUGCCACGGUCCAAUCACAGUAGAGAGCAUUACAGUCAGGGAGAAGAAAAUGCUCCCCUUUUUCCUGGCUGUGACACUCGGGGAGAAGAAGAUGCCCAUUGAGAAACCUUGGUGUCUCUUCCUACCUGUACCGAUGCUCAGGAUUAAUAUACUGAGCGGGAAAACUGCAGGGGAGCACAGCGGGGCGCAUGAGCGAUAUUGGGGGAAAAACAGGCAGGAUGGCAGCAUCAGCAGGCGGUACCCUGCAAGGAAAGGUAUUUAAUUAAACUAUAAAAAAAAUAAAAAAUUAAAGGACCUCUUUAACACGACUGGUUCCCUUUUGAAGCAGAUUUUUCUCGGCAGCUUAUAGGAGCUAGUCUCCUCCCACCGGCUAUAAGAGCACUGCAAGCAAGGGUAUGUCAUACAGAUGAGAACUCCUAAAAGUGCCAGGCACAAGUCAUAUAAUGUCCAGAAAUAUUUUUACUCCUAAUGUGCACACGUGGUACUCUAGAUUAAUGCAAAGUUUGUUGAAAGGUUAGGUACGCUUUUAGAUAAUUUUACAAGCUCAACCCAGUAACUAGUUUUGUAUUGGCUUAUCCCAGAGUUUAAGAAGUUAUGCUUACCAGGUUUAGCAUAAUAAAUCAUGUUGUAAUAGUAAUUUUUGUUCCAAAUAACAGUGAGCAUAAUAUACAACUUAAUAAAUCAGACAUCCAGUCGUUGAAUGUUUUGGAUGUGAUAAUGUAUAAGUGCAAUGUGCAGAACUGAAAAAUAAAGAAUAUUUA